UGUUAUUUUGUAUUAUUUCUCUUAAUUAGUAAUCAUUUGUGUGAAGCAGUUGCAGGAAUUAUGGGUCGUCGUAAGAUUGAGAUUACGGAGGUGAAGGACUCCAACACCAAGCAAGUUACAUUUUCCAAGCGUCGGACAGGUUUGUUCAAAAAAGCGAAUGAAUUAUCCAUUUUGUGUGGAGCAGAAGUUGCUAUUGUUGUAUUCUCUCCUGGGAACAACCCUUACUCUUUUGGGCACCCAAGUGUUGAUGUCGUUGUAGACAAGUUCCUUAAACAAGAGCCGAAAUCAAAUGUUGUCCAAGGAACAUCUAAUGAAGCUGGUGACAUUGAUAGGCUGAAUCAACAACUAUCUAAUGUUGAAGAUCAAAUACGCGAGGAACAAAAGAAGGCUGCAGAACUCAACGAGAGAAUGAAACAAAAAGGAGUGACACAACCUUUUCAAAACAAAGAAUGGCAAGGUUCAUAUUUAGAGAUCCAAAAGAUGAAGGACUAUUUUGAUGCAAUCGAGGUGUCAAAUUAUAUGUUGCUCCUUGCAAAAGAACCAGUAGUUGGAAUAACCAAACAAGUUGCUACUAAGAAAAGAAGAAGGAAUUGAUGCUCAGUAGCAACACAUAUGUGAAAGUUAUAUAUCUUCAAAUUUAAGUUUCCUAUUGCUUC